AGGGUUUACCGCGGAGCUCGUGCGACUCAGCUGGCGGGUAAAUCCCGUUCUCUGUGCUAUGUAGCUUCACCGUAAACACCAGGUAGCUGAAGGCAGAGCAGCGGCUCGUUACCCGCCCCUUCGCGCUCGUAUUCGGUCGGUUUUAAAGUCAAGAUGGUGAUACUACGCAGCAGCGGCGGCGGCGGAGCCGAGCCGGUCGCCACGACCCCCAAGAGGUUCGUGGUCGUGGAGCUGGACGCGAGCUCCGAGUUUCUGUCGCUGCUUCCCGCGGCGCAGAGGAAGUCCUCCCGGCGGACCCGGUCCUCGCAGGCCCUGGAGGACAGCUUCAGCAGCGUGGAGAGCAACACGCCGAACGGUCAUGCUGAGAGGAAGCAGGAUGAGGGACAUCACUCUCUGAGGACUCGAGGACAGAGGGUGAAGCACGAGGUCUCGUUUGCCGACAUGGAGCCGAAGACCAGCUCCCCUGGAAAUGAAGCCAACUCUGUAGAGGGAUGCCUCAGGAAAUCUUCCCGGUUGCAGAGAGAGGGACACACAUCCAGUGGCAAGCAGCAAGCAGAUGUUCCAGAUAAGGUAGAGGGCUCAUCCACUCCCAAGAGGAGUCGCUUUGAUCUGCAGAGCCCAGAAGAAGAGGAAGAGGAGGAGGAGGAGGAGGAUCGCUCAGUGCGACGUAGUUCCCGAAUCACCAGAUACAAACUGGACACCCGUAAGCAGUCGGUGCUCUACGACCGCCUCAUCACCAACACGGCUGAAGCUGUCCUCCAGAAGAUGGACGACAUGCAGAAGAUGAGGCGCAGACAGAGGAGCAGAGAUCGGGGCAAUGAAGAAGAGCAGCUCGGCGUGUACACCAGGGGCCGACUGAGCAGGUCUCUGAGGCCGGAUGUGGAGAGUAAAGCCGCAGAGGAAGAGAACCAAGGAGGGGAUGAGGAUGAUCACAACAAAGAGGAGGAGGAGGAAGAUGUCGAAGUAGAUGAGGAGGAAAGGGGUGGGGAAGACGAGGAAGAAGAGGAUGAAGAUGGCGAAGACGACGAGGAGGAAAAUCAGGGGCGUUAUGACUUCAGACAGCGAAAGGCUGCGGUCCGCUACCAGGCCCCGCAGGAUGAGCCCAGAGAGCCCAGGAAGCGCGGCAUGUACUUCAAGGACCACGCGUCUCCAACCAGACGGCGGUUUAGAUUCAGCUCCACGGCCCCCAGGAGCCCCUACAGCAGGAUAAUAACCAGCAGGAGUAGUUCUGAGAGACGGAGACACGCCAUCCACAGCAGCGACUCCACCUCUUCCUCUUCGGACGAUGACAAGUUCCAGAGACGGAGAAGUAAGAACAGAAGCUUGUCCGUCAACAGAUGUCUGCCGAUGAACCUCCUGAAGGACGACCUGCAGGGCGUCCACAAGGACCGGAUGAAGAUCGGAGCCAGCCUCGCCGACGUGGACCCCAUGCUCAUCGACAAGACGGUGCGUUUCGAGAGCAUCGGCGGUCUGAGCCGACACAUCUCAGCGCUGAAGGAGAUGGUGGUGUUCCCUCUGCUCUACCCAGAGGUCUUUGAGAGGUUCAAGAUACAACCGCCCAGGGGCUGUCUGUUUUACGGCCCUCCGGGCACGGGGAAGACCCUGGUGGCCCGAGCGCUGGCCAACGAGUGCAGCCAGGGCGACAGGAAGGUGUCCUUCUUCAUGAGGAAAGGAGCCGACUGCCUCAGCAAGUGGGUCGGAGAAUCUGAGCGGCAGCUGCGACUGCUCUUCGACCAGGCGUACCAGAUGCGUCCGUCCAUCAUCUUCUUCGAUGAGAUCGACGGUUUGGCUCCAGUCAGGUCGAGCCGCCAGGACCAGAUCCACAGUUCCAUCGUGUCAACUCUGCUGGCGCUCAUGGAUGGGUUAGAUGGCAGAGGAGAGGUUGUUGUGAUCGGAGCCACGAACAGACUGGACUCCAUCGACCCGGCGCUGAGGAGACCGGGCCGCUUCGACAGAGAGUUCCUGUUCGGCCUCCCGGACCGAGAGGCGAGGAACGACAUCCUGAAGAUCCACACCAGACUGUGGACUCCUCCACCCGCCCACUCCUUCCUGGAAGAAUUGGCAGAUAAAUGUGUUGGUUACUGCGGCGCCGACAUUAAAGCCGUGUGCUCGGAGGCCGCCCUGUGCGCGUUACGCCGUCGCUACCCUCAGAUCUACGCCUCGGCGCAGAAGCUCGUGCUGGACGUCGACUCUAUCGCUAUCACCGGCAACGACUUUCUGUCCGCCAUGUCCAAGAUGGUGCCGGCCGCCCAGAGGGCCGUGGUGUCGCCAGCCAAGGCCCUGACGCCUGCCGUCGGUCCUCUCCUGAGCGCCGCCCUCCAGAACCUCCUCCACGACGUCGGCAGACUGUUCCCACAUGCCGAGCGGGCCUUACGGAGGAAGAGAGGACGUGAUGUGGCAUGUGGCGGGUCUGAGGAUGAUGAUGAGGAGGAGGACGACGUCGACGUCUGCUCCAAUGGACAGACCGCUCACGCCGAGCUCCAGAAGGGACUCGGCAGCCUCGACAGGAGUGUGUUGAGCCGGCCGACCUCGUACCGCCCCAGGCUGCUGCUGGAGGGCCGGCCGGGUUCGGGUCAGAGCUCCCACUUGGCGCCGGCCGUCCUCCACGCUCUGGAGAAGUUCAGCGUGUACACGCUGGACGUGGCCGUGCUGUUCGGAGCCAGCGCGACUGCCCCGGAGGAGACGUGUGCUCAGAUCUUCGUCGAAGCGAAGCGGACGUCUCCCAGCAUCCUGUACGUCCCUCACAUCGGACAGUGGUGGGAGACGGUGGGUCCGGCCUUGAGAGCCACCUUCCUCAGCCUGCUCGGCUCCAUCCCGCCCUUCGCUCCCGUCCUGCUUCUGGCUACGUGCAACCUGCAGUACGACCAGCUCAGCACGGAGGUGCAGGAGUUGUUUCGGGUGGAGUACGGCGAGGUUUUCCAUAUCCAGACCCCGACCAGGAGGGAAAGAAGAAACUUUUUUGAGGAUCUACUCCUCAAUCAGGCUGCCAAGGCCCCCGCCUCGAAAAAGAAAGCUGCGCUCAAAGCGUUGGAGGUGCUUCCCGUCGCCGCUCCGCCUCCCCCGCGCCAGCUGACGGAGGAGGAGACCCGGAGGCUGGAGGAGCAGGAGGAAGACACCCUCCGCGAUCUCCGCCUCUUCCUGCGCGACGUCAGCAACCGCCUGUCCCGAGACAAACGAUUCAAGGCUUUCACAAAGCCUGUGGAUUUAGGGGAGGUGCCAGAUUACGCCGUGGUCAUCAAGAAGCCGAUGGACCUGUCAACAGUUCUCUCUAACAUCGACCUCCAUCGGUACGGGACGGUCAAAGAGUUCCUCCAAGACGUGGAUCUCAUCUGGCAGAAUGCCCUGGAGUACAACCCAGACCGGGACCCCUCAGACCGUCAGAUCCGCCACAAAGCGUGCGCGUUGAAGGACACCGUCCACGCCAUCAUCAAAGACGAACUGGAUGAAGAGUUUGAGAAGAUUUGUGUGGAGACCAAAGCGUCACGCAGCACACGAGAUUGCGCCGCUGCCCGCUUUGCUCCCUCCUUCUACCACGUCCUCCCCAAAGAGUCCAAACCUCCCGCUGAGGCCUCUGAGACGACCCCCCAGAGAGAGCUGCUCAGCGCCACGGUCACUCCCAACACCGGCGCCUACGCUGCUACGACGCCUAAGAACACAGGUCCUGCAGCGCACAAGAAGAAGAGGAGAAAGAGUCGCUGGUCCUCCGGCUUGUAUUCAAAGAAGAAGUCCUCGUGCUCUCCUCACACGUCCAGAGAUGAAGCUCACCUGCGCUCUGAUGAGGAAGACGGGGACGACGAGGAGGAGGAGGUUGAGAAGGGAGGAGGAGGAGCGGAGUAUGAUGGGGGCACUGGAGGAGAGGAGGACUCGAUGGAUGUAGAGUCGGUGCGUGGAGGUAGCGUCGGGCCCGCUGUGAAGCAGCAGGAGGAGAUCGGUCAAGCCGUCCACGAGUCGGUUACCCGGUGUGACUCGGGGAAAGCGGAAAGCGACGACGAGGGGCCGGACGAAGUCGCCGCGGGUCGACCGCGAAAGUCGGCGGAAAAGAAAGCGUCGAUGCGUCCAGGAAACGAGAAAACGACCUCGGCGAACACUAAUAAGGACGGCCGCACCGAGACAGAAGGACGAACCGCGUGCAACGCGGAGGAAAGAGCGGAGACGGAGACGGAGAAAAGUCAAACUGUAAAGCAGGCGAGCAACAACACGGUGACUGUGGAGGAGCGGAGCAGCCGCCCGAUGGAGGAGGGAGCCGCCAGAGAGGAACACACAGAGAAGAGCCCGGAGCCAAAGAGCGCCGACCUGGACGAGGCUCUGCAGAUCCUGCACCGGGAAACUCCUCCUCUGGUGGUGGACAGAGAGAAACUAAAGGAGCUGCUGGAGACGGUAGAGAUCAAGACCGAAGGGUUCGAGGUCCACCAGCUGGAGAAGCUCUACGCGCUGCUCUGCCAGAGCAUCUAUAGACACAGACGAGACUACAACAAAACUUCACUGAUACAGGAGCUGAAACAAGAGAUUGAAGACUUCUGUUGACUUUUCUACAAUUAGAUAUGUUUUAUAUGCUCGCUCAUCAUUCUCCGCUAUGUAAAUAUACAUCGUUUCUAUUUUCAUAGAAAUCUACAGGCACCUCUAGUUGUGCUUUAACAGCUUGUUUGUAUUGCCUCUUCUAAAAAAUCUUUUUAAAUUAAAUGUGUUUCCUCUGAACGGCGUGACUUUGUAUGGCAUCCUGGAAGAAUCAUUUGAGUUUAACAGACGGCUUUAUGAACCUGGGCAACUGUUACACGAGGGUCUCAAAAGAUACCUGAUGCAUGAUGGGAAGUGUAGGAUCCAGGGUUCUUGAAGUCUCACCCGAUAAGAGACUAAACGUCUGCUGCAUCGUGACCAUCUUCUUUUAGAUUCAAAGGGUGUGCCGGAAACGGUUUUCUAUCAGAUUGUGUCCUUGUCUGACAUUUGAGAAGUACCAGUCUUCAUUUUUACAAUGUACAGUCAAAAAAUAAAAUCUUCCUGUAUUCGUUUA